AUGAGCCUCCAUCUACUUCUCCUAGGGGGCAAAUUCGCCACCAUCAUCAACGCCUACGCCCCGCCGAUGAGCAGCCCCGAGGCCGCAAGGGACGAAUUCUACGAGGACCUGCACGCUCUCUUGACGUCUGUGUCGAAGACGGACAAGUUGAUUGUCCUUGGUGAUUUCAAAGACCGCUUCCGCACAGACCAUGCUGCCUGGAGAGGAGUGCUAGGACCUCAUGGUCUCAAAGGCUCCAACGACAAUGGCCUGCUGCUCCUCCGCACCUGCGCAGAACACCGCCUCAUCCUGACGAACACCUUCUUCUGUCUGCCGGGGCGAAAGAAGGUCACCUGGAGGCAUCCUCGGUCGCGUCAGCGAAAUUUGCUGGACUAUAUUCUCGUCCGGAGGCGAGACCAGCGGGGCGUGCUGGUGACAAAGGCGAUCGCGGGCGCUGACGGGUGGACCGACCAUCGCCUCGUCAUCUCGAGAAUGCGUAUUCGCCUACGGCCUCGCAGAAGACCACGAGGCAAGCGAUCCCCAGGUAAGCUGAAUAUUGCCUUGUUGUCUUUGCCCGCCCAUCAUCUCCAUUUCAGCAAUGAGCUAGCUCAACGGCUAGACAACCUUCCAGUCGCUGGCGCCACCGGCGCCGCCGCCGCUGCCGAGAAUGCCUCCGUGGAGAACCGUUGGUGUCAACUGCGGGACACGGUCCAGUCGACGGCGCUAUCCGUCCUCGGUCGCGCUCGCCUCCAACACCAGGACUGGUUCGACGACAACGACGCCGCCAUCAGAAAUUUGCUCGCCGAGAAGAACCGCCUAUACGAAGCCUACGUAGACCACCCCACUGACGACAAUAGAGCUGCUUUCUACCGCAAUCGCCGCCACCUUCGGCAACGUCUGCGCGAGAUGCAGGACGCCUGGAUUGCUCGCAAAGCUGAGGAGAUCCAAGGCUACGCGGACCGUAACGAAUGGAAUAACUUCUUCUCUGCGAUCAAAGCUGUCUACGGUCCGCCGACGAAGGGCACUGCUCCUCUCCUCAGCGCCGACGGUAGCUUUCUCCUGACUGAGAAGACCCGAAUUCUACAGCGAUGGGCUGAGCAUUUCCGAGGCGUCCUUAACCCCCCCUCCGCCAUCUCCAAUGCCGACAUCGCCCGCUUGCCGCAAUUGGAGACCAACGUGGACCUCCACCUCCCGCCAUCUCUCCAGGAAACCAUCAGGGCCGUGCAGCAGCUCUCCAGCGGGAGAGCACCCGGAUUGGUCGCGACCCCUGCUAAGGUCUACAAGCAUGGCGGUCCCCAAUUAAUGGAUCACCUGACUGCACUCUUCCAAGAGAUGGGGCGUCAAGGUGAAGUCCCGCAAGAUUUCAAAGACGCAACCAUCGUGCAUCUCUACAAGCGAAAAUGA